AUGGAAAAUGCUCAAAAAAUAAUUAUUGUCGUAAUUGUCUUUUACCUUAUUAAACCGUGUCUAACCCAAAAUAAAUCAUAUAAUGAUAUUCACACUUACAAUUGUGGCGACUAUAAUAUAACGAUAAUAAAUAAUGAGCGUACUUUUAAUACAGCUAUAAUUCAACGCCUAAUUAAUCUUUAUUCCAGUCUAUAUCCAAAACUUGUCGAUCGUUUCAAUCGUAAUGCUCCAAAAUCUGUUACUGUUCGUUUGGAUCCUACGCGGAAAAGUAGUUUUAUAGCAGUUGCGUACGGAAAUACAAUUAAUAUAAGCACAAAAACUAUCAGAUAUCAGUAUCGUUAUUAUGACAUUCUACUUCAUGAACUAAUGCAUGUUGUUCAAGAUUAUCCAGCAACUCCGGAGGCAAAAUGGUUGGGAGAAGGUAUCGCGGAUUAUGCUCGAUACACUUACGCAAAAGGUAAUGCUGAUACUGACUGGUCACUACCAGAUUAUUCACCAACACAACAGUAUAAUGAUAGUUAUGGAGUAACCGCUCGAUUUCUUGUAUGGUUAGAAAAUCGUUAUAAUUCAACAAUUAUUGAAGAAUUAGAUGUAAGUUUAAGAACGAAUACAUAUACUCCGGCUAUUUGGUUAAAUUUAACAGGCAACACCGUUGAUCAACUUUGGACGAAUUAUUCAAAAUAUCCUAUUUUAAUUACAGAUUUAUCAUCAGCUUUAAAAAUGGACACUUCAUACGUAGUUGACCGUUAA